UAAUGUGUCAACAAUUGUAUCACUCAUUCAUUCAUUCAAUCAAUUGAUUGACUAUUUGUUUAUGUUUUUAAUCGAUGUGUCACUCAAUGAACAGAUAAUCAUGUGUUAUGUUGUGUCCAUCACUGGUCUAAUUGUCACUCAUAACAGUUCCACACAAUACUAAUGUGUUGGUUAAAAACAAUAACAACAUUACCAUCAAUGGCCACAUCAUCGGUGACUACAUAUCGUAAUUGUUGUCGUCGUCAUCAUCGGUAUAAAUCAAUUGAUAUGUGGACUCAAUUAGUGAUAAUUGUAUGUCUGUAUCAACUGAUGACUUGUAUUACACAUGAGGAGCGAAUACAGCUCAGCCGAAAUUGUUGAACCAAAAGUAUCAGCUGAUGGCCUGGUAUUCGGGACAACUGCUCGAAUUGGCCAAAGAUCUCGGCUAUCGGUUGUUACCCGCGUUUAAUACAACCACGGGAAUACCUCAUCCAAGAAUUAAUCUCAAAUAUGGCCUCAAAUCUGAUAACUUGGGCUUUGCGCGUGAGACGUGCACGUCAUGCGCUUGGAUUAUGAUCCUAGAGUUUGCCGCAUUAAGUCCUCUCACAGGAGAUCCAGUAUUUGAAUUAAAGGCACGCAAAGCGAUGGAUUAUUUAUGGCGACAACGACACCGACAAUCAGAUUUGGUGGGAAACGUCAUCAACAUUCAUACGGGUGAUUGGAUUCGACGCGAGUCGGGUGUCGGCGCCGAGAUUAGUUUCGCGAGAUGUUAUUUCACGCGUACGACUCAUAUAUACGGUACGCAUUUCCCGCCGAUGAACUGAUGCCACUGUUGUGUAGGGGUCGGUAUCGGGAUCACACGUUGUGGUCAAUA